AUCAAUCAGUAGUUACAAAAACAAAAAAAGAAUCGCCGUUUAAAAUUAAAUUCAACAAUGGAGAGUAUAGUACACAAAUUAAGUGGGUUUUGUUUUAUAAAUCCAUAGUUUGGCUUAGAAAUGGUAUAGUCUCUCUCUGCUGCCAAUUGGAGAAAUAAAGGAUUCUUUGCAAUGGUUGGUUGAACAUAACGAGUAACGACCUUCUGCUGGUGAAUAGUUUCGAAAGAUCAGUGGAAUCGGAACAAAUCUCAAAAUUCAAAGAUCAAUGACACCUUGACAACUAAGAAAGGUUUUACACACACACAUAUAUAUAUUGGGUGAAUGGAGUCUCGAUGAACAAGUUUCAAGAUUUCAAAGAGCAGUGACAGAUGGCUGGUUUCAUGUGUGACUUGGUGAAACCAUAUGUGGAGAAAUUGGUAGAUAAGGCAAUAGGAGAAGCACGUUAUGUAUUUUGCUACACAUGUAUUGUUAAGGAAUUCGAAGAUGAAAGGGAUACGUUGGAACCAUCAAAGACAGCAUUGGAGGAGCGUGUACAGGUAGCAAAAAGAAAAGAUAAAGAUAUUAAAGCUAAGGUUGAUAUUUGGCAAAAGAAUGUUGAUAAGCUCUUUAAAUUGGACACCAAAAACAAACAAACAUGUUUCUUUAAAUUUUGUCCUAAUUGCAUAUGGCGAUAUAAAGAGGGAAAGAAGUUGGUAAAAAAUCUGGAACUGAUUAAACAACUAAAAGAAGAGGAGGAAAACAGACUUGUAAAUAUUGAACUCCCUUGCCGUCUUCCAGGUGUUGAGCAGCAUUCAUCUGAAAAUUACAUUUCUUUUAAAAGCAGAGAGUUAAAAUACAAAGAAAUAUUGGAUGCACUAAAAGAUGACAACAAUUAUAUAAUUGGAUUGCAAGGGAUGGGUGGCACAGGAAAAACUACGUUGGCAAUGGAAGUGGGUAAAGAACUAAAGCAAUCUAAACAAUUUUCUCUUGUCAUUGAUACAACAGUUUCCUUUACUCCUAAUGUAAAAAAGAUCCAAGAUGAAAUUGCUGGACCUUUAGGAUUGAAAUGGGAGAAAUGUACUGAAUCAGACCGAUCGACAAAACUAUGGAGUAGAUUAACACAAGGUGAGAAAAUUCUUCUGAUAAUGGAUGAUGUGUGGGAACAAAAGCCACCUUUUGAUUUUGAUCCAAUAGGAAUUCCAAAACGGGACAAUCGUAAAGGUUGUACAGUUCUUGUAACCUCGCGUAGUAAACAAGUACUCAUCCAAAUGAAGUGUGAUAAGAUAAUAGAAUUGGAUCUUUUAUCUGAAGAGGAAGCGUGGAUCAUGUUUAAAAGAUGUGCCAGUAUAUCCAGCAGUUCUGCAAAUGAUUUGAUUGGUUAUGGACGUUUGAUUGUAAAGGAGUGCAAACAAUUGCCAAUUGCAAUUGCAAUUACUGCCAGCAGUUUAAUGGGGAAACAUGUGGAUAAGUGGAAGGGUACACUACAAUCCUUUAGGAAGAUUGGAUCUAUGCAUGGUGUUGAUGAUGAUUUGGUUGGAAUUUAUAAAUCUUUGCAGGUUAGCUAUGAAAAUAUGAUGGAUGAAAAGGCCAAGGGGUUGUUCCUCAUAUGUUCUCUAUUCCGAGAAGAUGAAAAAAUUCAUAUUGAAGUUCUAACCAGACUUUGCAUAGGAGCAGGUGUUUUUGAGGUUGAUAAUAGCAGCUAUGAUGAGGUUAGAAACAAAGUAUCCGUAGCUAAACACACACUCAUAAAUUCUUGCAUGUUGUUUCCAGUAGAUGAAGCACAUGUAAAAAUGCAUGAUUUGGUUCGUGAUGUUGCUCAAUGGAUAGCGAACAGAGAGAUUCAAUGUGUAAAUUUGUCUGACAAAAAUCAAAAGUUGUUGCUUGGAAAGGAGAAAAAUGUUAAAUAUUUAUUAUGUGAAGGGAAGGUCGUUGAUUUUAUAUCCUGUAAGUUUGAUGGUUCCAAACUUGAGAUUCUAAUUGUGGAUAUGGGUGGAAAAUAUGGAGAUCUCACAUGUAUUGAAGUCCUAGAUUCUUUCUUUGAAAAUAUUGUCAAGCUUCGAGUUUUGUAUUUUGUAGGUGAUGAUUAUCUACAAUCUUUAUCACUAUCAGACUCAAUUCAGCGAUUGACAAAUAUUCGAUCAAUGUUCUUUGAUACAGUCGAUUUAGGUGACAUCUCUAUUUUGGGAAACCUGCAAAGUCUUGAGACUCUUGAUAUGGUUAAGUGCACCAUCAGUGAAUUGCCAAGUAAAUUUACAAAACUGGGGAAAUUUAAGUUGUUGAAGUUGACAGAUUGUAAUAUUAUUAUGAAAAAUCCAUUUGAAGUUAUUAAAAGUUGUUCAUCACUUGAGGAGUUGUAUUUCAAAAACAGUUUUAAUAACUUUUGUCAAGAAAUAACCUUGCAUGAGUUGCAAAGGUAUCAUAUAUGUACAGGCUUUGAUGUAAUGAAUGAUUCCCUGUCAAAAUAUCUGGUUUUAAAAGGGGGUGAUGAGGAUAAUUUCUCAAAAGAAACAUUCAAGUAUUGUAUCCAAACAGCAGAGGGUCUUCAUCUAACUAGAAUUAACAAAUGGAGAAAUCUCAUGCCUGACAUAGUUCCUAUAAAUCUAGGUAUGAAUGAUCUUGUUGAGCUUAUUUUGAAAUGUGAUUCCAAACUUCAAUGCCUCAUAGACACCAAACAGAUUGGUUUUCAAGUACCAAAUGUCUUCUCCAAGUUGGUUGUACUAAAGCUCAAGGAAAUGGAGGAUUUGGAAGAAUUAUGCAAUGGUACCAAUACCAUCUCCUUUGGUUAUUUAUUCAAUUUAAAGGAACUAUCUCUCGAGAGUUGUGGAAAUUUGAGAAGCUUGUUUAAAUGCAGCCUAGAUCUCCGUAAUCUAAAGACGGUGACACUAAAAGCAUGCUCAACAUUGGUUUCUGUUUUUGAUUUGUCAACUUCUCGAAGCCUGUUGAUGCUGGAGGACUUGAAAAUAAGUGAUUGUGAGAAAUUGGAAAACAUAUUUACUUAUGAAGAAAGGGUAAUGGAUGGUGAUAAUGAUAAUAACAAGAGUUGCAACUCAAUGUUUCCAAAUCUAAAAGUUGUCUAUAUUGAGAAUUGUCCCCAAUUAGAAUACAUAUUUCCAGUUCUUUCUGCUGCUGAAGACCUUUUGUUAUUGAAAGUUAUCAAAAUACAUCGGUGUGAUAGUCUGAAAUACGUAUUUGAUGGUGAUAAUGAUAAUAACAAGAGUUGCAACUCAUUGUUUCCAAAGCUGCAAGUUGUCAAUAUCAUAAAUUGUUUCCAAUUACAAUUUAUAUUUCGACUUCUUUUUGCUAAAGACCUUUUGUUGUUGGAAGCUAUCGGCAUACAACAUUGUCCCAAUCUGGAAUACAUAUUUGACCAACCACAGCAAGAUCUCGAACUUCCAUCACUUAAACAAUUACUGAUUGUUAGUGUGUCACAUUUCAUUGGCAUAUUUCCAGAAUCUUAUCAUCCCAACAUGCCUUCAUCUAUUAAAGGGUCAUAUGAUUCUAUUUCCAAGCCACAAACAAAAUCCAAUAAAUUCUCUUGGAGUCAUAUAUGUUGUCAUAGAAAAAAUUUGAAAAGUGCUGAAAUCCCAUCGGUUUCUGAGAAUCAACCAAAAGACUGUUCAAUCUCCCAGGUAUUGAAUUCAAAUUUUCUCGGUGAAUGUCUUUCAAAAUCAAUAUCACAUAUCCUGAGCAAUAUUAAAGUGAUAGAUCUGGUGAUGGUUUCAAAUAUAAAAUCAGUGUUUACGUUGUCUAUUGCACCAAAAAUGUCAUUGGAGAGCUUGACGAUUAAAAAAUGUUAUGAAUUGGAGCACAUAGUUGUAGACAUUGGAGAUGGAAGUGAUAGAAAUGAAUUGGGAAAUGUCUUCCCAAAAUUAAAAAUGCUCAAGGUUGAAGAAUGUGAGAAAUUGGAAUACAUAUUUGGACACAAUGAUGCUAGUGAUCAUCAUCAUCAUCAUCAAAACCACAAUAAUGAGGUGACUCACCUUCAUCUUCCAGCUUUGGAAAAACUCCAUCUUCACAGUCUUCCAAGUUUAAUCGGCAUGUGUACCAAAAACUAUCACACAACGUUGCCAACUUUGAUUGAAGUUAAAGUCAUUGAAUGCCCAAAAGUUGCUAUCAAAUCUAUUGGUGAUUUCAUGGUUACUAAUUAUUCGAUGAUUUCAAUAUCUCAGGAAAUUAGUACAACCAUCAAGGAAUUUAGUGGGAACACGGACCCCUUUCUCGCUUUGAAAAGACUCACACUAAACAAUAACUCCAAAGUAGAAAAUAUCUUUUGUCUCAAUGAAGCAAAUGACCAGCAAAUGAAUUUAGGUUUGGAAGACAUUGAGUUGUAUGAUCUGUCUAUGAUGAUGUGCCUUUUUGUGGGUCCCAAAAACUAUUUUUCUCUCAAAAAUCUUACCGGCAUAGAAAUUGUGCGAUGUGAAAAAUUGGAAAUAGUCUUCUCCACUUCUAUAUCAAGGUGUCUACCACAGUUGUAUUAUCUGAGAAUUGAAGAAUGCAAAGAGUUGAAGUGUAUCAUUGAAGAUGAUACAGAGAAUAACAACUUGUCAAAUGUUGUUUCUUCAAAAAAAUGUUUCCUAAAUUUAAAAGUACUUAUUGUAGUAAAGUGCAACAGGUUGAAAAGUUUGUUUCAUGUCUCCAUAUGUAACGACCUUCCUAAGCUAAAGGCUAUGAUGAUAAAAGAAGCAAAUGAACUACAAGAUUUAUUUGGAACCGACGGCGAUCAGAAAGUUGAGAUUCCAAAUCUAAAACUUAUAGUAUUUGUCAACCUACCAAGCCUCCGUCGUACCCAAGGGAUUCAAUCUCAGGAAAUACGAUUCUGUUUUGUAUGGAAUUGUCAAAAUCUCUCUCCGACUUCAACUAUACCAACCGAUGUCGAUGGCUAUGAUCUCAAUAGAUAUUUAGGUUUUAACUCAUCAGAAUAUAAAUUGAUAAGGGAUUUAAAAGACAUAGUUAAACUGGUACAAGAAGAGUCCAAACAACGUCACCAACAAGAGUCCAAACAGCACAAUACCGGUAGUGAAAAUCAAAGUUCAGAAGCAACAUCAGGAGACUUGUUGACUUUUUCACAGGUGAUAAAUGUUGAAGAAGGAACUACAUCGACUAAUGCAGACACAAUAGCAUUAGCAUCAUCAGGCCCAUUAGUUACUUCUGAAUGUAAAACAUCUUUAUUGGUAAAUGCUUAUGGCCCAAUUGUCAUAUAUUCACCUCCAAUUGUCACAAUACAGCCUCUUACCACUCAAAAUGUAGAUGUUGGAAACUGGCACGAAACUAUUUUUCUAAAUGAUGUUGUUAUGAAAGUAAGCUCAACUAUUGAGGAACAAAUUCCAAAUGAUGAUGAACAAAUAGUUUCCAAAUCAAGACUCUCUGUUAUUUCAUCUCAGUUGCCUUAUAAAGGUUUUCCAUAUGGGAUUGAAGUUCAAGCAACAUCUGGACAUGAGUUAACUUUUUCACAUGAAAAUGACAUUGACUCAAACAUUAAUGGUUUAGAGACAAAAAUGAAACAAUCAGCAAAGGGAAAGCAAGAAUAUGUUGUAAAUGUUCCUCGUAUAGUAGAGAUAACUUCAAUAGAAGAUUCAGAUUGUUUAAAAGAAACUGAGGAUCGAAGUAUUGAAGAGGGUUCUACGUCAGAAACAAGGAAUGAGCCACCUAUACAAUUAGUUGCUGAUCUUAAACAAAAGGGAACUGAGUCAAGUUUUCACGAUUUUGAUCUUGGAGACUCACAGGAAACAACUCGGACUAAUAAUGAAGAUGUUGAUUUGUAUUUGCAAAUGGAGAGUGCCUAUCGACAAUUUCAAGAGUCUAAAUAUCACGAUGAUGGUAAUGAGAAUCCAAAUGCACAAACCACUAAAGAAUUUGCAGAGUGGAUUGAAGUUCAAGCAACAUUAGGACACAAGUUGACUUCUUCACAGAAAAAAAUGAAAAAAGCACCAGAGGCAAAGCACACGUUUGUUGAAGAUGUUCCUGAUUUAGAGAUACCAUCAACAACAUUAUUACCAACAAAUUCAGAAGAAGAUGGAGAUGGAAAAAUAUGCCUACCCUCGUUUUCAAUUGUCAAUACAAAGCCUCCUGCUACCAAAGAUGUUGAUAUUGGAGACUCUCAAGAAACUAUUGCAGUGGAAGACAUUAACAAGCUGAUCGAAGAAGACCCACUUCUCGCACUUGAGAAGCUUCUUACUGGAGUGCAAAGUUUUUCAAUUGAAACUUUACUUCAAGAAUUGAAGACUUUGAUGGACUCAACAUCAGACCUUGACCAUCUUGUAUCUAACCAAGAGUCCAAGUCGAAAUUGAUUUCUCUUCUUCAUGGAUUAAAUCAGCAUCAAAGACUCUUACCUUCUGAUGUGAAGGAGUUUGUUGAGAAAGUACAGAACUUCUUCAAUGAUAAUAUCAAACAAGCCACUUCUCAACGAGUAAUCAAGAAGCACAACCUACUUCUUGAUUCGAAAACCGAUCUCAUGAACAAGCUCAUGAGUGCAAAGAGUACACAAGCCCACAUUGACAGUGAAACUUCAACUGCCAAUGCUAAGAUACAUGAGCUCUCUUUACAAAUUGAAGAUCUCGAGAAUCAAAGAAAUGCUUUAAAGUCGGUGGUGAACAAAUGUGAUGUUCAGAAGAUGAAGUUGAAGGCUGAAUGCACUGAGUGGGCCCAACAAAGUAAGAAAUUCAUUUCUGCACUUGCUUCAUCGGAGGUCGACGUAAGAGAAGCUGAACGUGCACGGUAUUUGGCAAAAGAAGGCUUUGCAAAUUUAAAAUCAUCGUUUCCUACAUUUAGGAAGGAAAACAAAAGAAAGAACAAUAAGUUGCAAUAUUUACUUAUGUGUGUGUUGCUUGUAGUGAUAUCUUUUAGUUUGAACUUUGUGUCGAAGGAUAUGUUCGUCAUAUUUCCUCAAAAGUUACGGUUGUUUUGAGACUUUGAUUUUUCCAUGCUUAUGUUGUUGGUUGCUCUGUACUCUUUUUCCCUAGUCAGGUUUUAUCCGUUUGGGUUUUCCUGAAAAGGUUUUUAAUGAGGCAGAUGUUGAAUUCCCUUGGUUAUUCUGACUUGGGUUUAGGUCUAGUCCCCCCAAGUGAUUUUGUAUCUUCCUUUUUAUUUAAUAACAUCUUUAAAGUGCUGCUA